AAAACAUCUUUUUAUACCUUGUUCUAGGACUUCUAGAGAAAAUUUCCAGGUGUUUGUAUAUUUAUUCUCAUGGCCUUUGCGCUAUUGUAUAGUUGCCUACUUAUAUUGACAUUAGUACCUUGAGAAUAUUCAGUUGAGAUUCUUCUCCAAGUCUACCCAUCUUAUCCAUAACCAAAUACCCUUCGGCACUCCCAUGUGCCAAAAAGGAAGCCUGAGGAGUUGGGCUGAAUGGGGCUGAAGGUGUAGAGGGAUGACCAUGGGUGUUGGAAUCAGUCAGAGCUAAGGUAAAAUGCCAGUUCUAAUACUGCAUGUCAUGUGACCUCAAGCAGUUUGCUAAAUCUCUUUGACUUAGUAGCUUCAUUUUUAAAAUGAGAAUGAUAACACUUACCUUUAGGAUUAUUUUGAAGAUUAGAGCUACUCUUUGGCUUGGAGUAGUCGCUCCCUAAGUGGGUACUAUAUCAAUAGUCAUGAUGAUGAUGAUGAUAACAAUUCUGUAACUACUGAACACCUUGUUAAAAGUGGCCAGAACACAUGAUAUGCUAAUGUGCUGGAUACCGCAGUAAGGAAUAGUUUACAAGACUAGGUCCGGAGGAGUGUUUUCUAAGGCAUUUUCAGAUGCUAUUCAGAAUAUAUUUUUGUAAGAACCCCCUGUAAUGUGUACUAUUUUCUCUAGUUCUCUUAAGCUGUAGAGCUCAAUUGUACAGUUGACUAAGUAGGUUGUAAGGACUAACUUGAAGACAGAAUUACCCCUCUGUGUUGGGCACAGAGCUUUGGGUGUGGCAGAGGCUCAGUGAAAAAAUAUGUUGUCUGUCACAUGAAACUGAUAGGCUGUGAAGGUUACAAGUACUUUGAAAUAUUCUCAUUUUCAUAUUGAUUAUUUCUAACAUUAGCUCACAUAUACCCCCAUUUAUACAUGAAUUUAGUUCCAAAUAUUAAUUUGUAAGGUAGUUUGAAACUUAGAAACUCAGAGGAAAUCUAUUUUUAAUGAUGAUCAAGUGCUAGGUUUGCCUUUCAAAAGGCCUGCUUAACCUUGUAUAGUUUGAUUCAAAAUGUUAACCCAAUUUAAUUAAAGAAAUAUGAAUAUGUAAAGUGCCCACUGUAGGCUAGGGAAGCACCUUUCUGGGUAUGCACAGUGUAGACUUGGUAGUGAAUAAGACCUAUAUAAAAAGUUUAUAUAUAGUCCAAAUAUGAAUUAUAUUUAAAUUUUUAUGAAGUUUAAAAUAAACUACUUUGAGAUUCAAAGGAAAUACCAUUUAUGUACUGACACAUGAUGAUGCUCAAGAUAUAUUAUUGCUGAGUGAGAUAAAAGUAAGUUAUAAAAAUACCUGUAUAGUAUUUUCCUAUUUAAAAAAUUUUUAGAAAACAUGUAACAGUUUGGGAGGCUGAACAUUAUGGUGAGAAUAAGGACUUGGAGCCAGACUGCAUAGAUUUGACCCAGCUUGGCCUCUUACUAGAGGUGUAAACUUUGUUAAGCUACUUAACAUUUCUUUGCUUUUUGCCUCACCUAUGAAAUAGACAUAACCACACUUACUUUUAGGUUUAUUGUGGUAAUUACAUGUGUUCCCAUACAUUGGAUGGCUAUAGCAGCUCAUAAAAAUACUUAAAUGUUAUUGGUCUUAGACACACGGAAAAGAAAGAUCUCUUUGGUUAGAGGAGUGAACAAAUACCAAGACUGACUAUACCAGCACAUUUCUAGGUUGUAGGAGUCAGAAACCUGCAGAUAAAACUCCUUAGAAUCUAGCCAUUAGGUUAUCUUCAUUUUCUUGACUGCCUGUCUUCUGCUUCCUACUGUAGCUUUCUCACAAUGGUUCCCAUGAUUGCAACAAUGGCAGACUGGGUCCAGGAGGGGUGGGACACAGGGCUGGUUCUGGUGAGAGCAGGUCCGGUCUGCUUUCUGUACUUGGUGUAUAUGUAGGAUUUCUGGUAGAUCCUAUUUUAGGAUGAGAUGUGGUACUGUUGAAAUGCCAGUCUGCUUUGAUUCACAGAUAGUUGGCUUUUCAGCUGGGAAGCCUUUUUUUCUUCUUUCUUUUCUUUUUUAUUUGCCAGCUUACUGAACUUAUGAAACCAUGGCAGAAGGAGAGACAGAGUCACCUGGGCCCAAAAAGCAUGGCCCCUAUAUUUCAUCUGUCACUAGCCAGAGUGUGAACUUGAUGAUUCGAGGAGUAGUGCUGUUUUUUAUUGGAGUAUUUCUUGCAUUAGUGUUAAAUUUACUUCAGAUUCAGAGAAAUGUGACCCUCUUCCCACCAGAUGUGAUCGCCAGCAUUUUCUCUUCAGCAUGGUGGGUCCCCCCAUGCUGUGGCACCGCUUCAGCGGUGAUUGGGUUAUUAUACCCCUGCAUUGACAGGCAUCUAGGAGAACCACAUAAAUUUAAAAGAGAGUGGUCCAGUGUAAUGCGGUGCGUAGCCGUCUUUGUUGGUAUAAAUCAUGCCAGUGCUAAAGUGGAUUUUGAUAACAACAUACAGUUGUCUCUCACACUGGCUGCACUAUCCAUUGGACUGUGGUGGACCUUUGAUAGAUCUAGAAGUGGUUUUGGCCUUGGCGUAGGAAUUGCUUUCUUGGCAACCUUGGUCACUCAACUGCUAGUCUAUAAUGGUGUUUAUCAGUAUACAUCUCCAGAUUUUCUCUAUGUUCGUUCUUGGUUACCAUGUAUAUUUUUUGCUGGAGGCAUAACAAUGGGAAACAUUGGCCGACAACUGGCAAUGUCAUCACAUGUCAUUCCUAGAUCUUCUGGGAAUGUCUACUUAACCACAGUACAAGAGUGGCAGUUCUGUUUUGAAACAAUUCUUUCUGCUUCUACAAAAGCUUGAGAUUUUCCAGCAAGACAUUACAGAAAGACAAAGUGCUACCCCAUCAUCUUAGGCUCAGCUGGAUGCAGCUGCUGUGCUUAGUGUCUACACACGUGGCUUGGGAAGCCUGCAGACUGACAAAUUGAAGAUGAAGCUUAAAGAUGUUUGUAAAGACAGAUCUCGAAUUUUCUAUGCCUCAAACCUAGUGUGUGUCAGUCUGUGCCCUUCCAAGAGAAAGCAGGUCAGUGUAUGUUGAAGCAGAUAUUUCUAGAAUAUAUGUAAAAUUCAUAGUAAAGGUGAGUCAGGUUCAGCUCUUUUUCUAGAAAAAUUAAGUUAGUGAUCUUUAAAUGUUUAAGGGGAUUAGUUCUGGUCCUUUGGUCCCAACUAAUUGCAAGGGAGUUGGGAUGUGUAAUCCACCCCUGAGGGAUAAGAGAACCAAAUAUAGGCAAUGUCCACUCUAGUUGGUAUAAAGCAUUUUGUAGUGUUCCCUUCCCAUUAGAAUAUUUUCCUUCCUAAGUGAUUCAUAGUGAACACAACUUAAAAAAAAAAAAAAAAAACGUUUUUUGCUGGCAAAAUUAAAAUUAUAGUCUUUAAAACAUACAUAAACUUUGUAUCUAAGUCCUGGAAUGGUGGGAAAGAAGGAAAGAGUUCACUUUUGUCUUUUCCUCUCAUGUAAAAUAAGUAGUGAGGGGGAGGGAGUUAAUCAAGUGUUGCCUUUAUGCCUCCUGUAAACAUCCCCACCACAGCUCUCCAAAUAUUGACCCCAUUAUAACUGCUAACAGCCACAUUUUUCUGAAAGGCAGAACCGGGUUUCAAACUCUGGUCUAACUUCACUCCAGUGACCAAGGAUUCUCCUUGUCACCACAGUACUGUCUCUGUAAGUCUCUGCAAGUGGUUUUGCACAUGCAUUUCCAGCAGAUUGCUGAGACUACCACUUAGAGUAUGUUACUCGGCACCAUACGAAUUGUUGAUGUGAACGCAACCUUGAUUUCAGACAUAUGUUCUGUUCAUUAUGUUCCUCCACUCUGGAGUUUGGGUCCUGUAGAGAGUUAACAUAAUAAGCAAUCUUAGAAAGUCCAGUGACCUCAGCCUUUGGUGAAGGCGUAGACUUGGACCACAUGAGUCUCUUGAUAAUAGAUUGUCUAUUGCAACCUCCACAGUCCCAUAUGAGAAUCUGACAGAAUAGAAAGGAGAUAACAUUUUUUAAAGCAGGUUUUGACUAAUAACUUUUUGAAAAGUCCAGUCUUAGAGAAGUCUGUGAGUUUUUGUUCUGGGUGGUAUAGUUUUGGAUGGGCCCUGUAUUAUGUAAGUCCUGGCCUUGUAGGAUCCAUGCAAACGGCCUAUGUAGAUGGUAAGUUCUGUAAGAGAACAGCAUGUUAACAUGCUGGUCAGGAAAGGCCUCUGAGAGGUGGGGACACAGGUACUGAUGAGUUUAGAGGAAGGGUCCAACUCAGCUUGAGGCGGGAGGGCAUUUUUCCUUGGUGUGGGAUGGACAGUAAAACAAUAUAGGCAGAUGGGAUAGUCUCUGAAGUACUCUGAAUCCGAAGUCCAGUCUGGAAAUAGUGAAGAUUGCAGAUGGAAGAAGUAGUGGAACGUAGGACUUAAAAUACAGUGAUUGGCUUCCCUUUGGGAUUUAAGCGACUCCUGUAAAGCGGACAAGCAGAGCGUGCUUCUGUUAGGCAGGGUCCACAGUUGCCCAAGGGGUUGCUUUUAGGAGGCAUACAAGUUGAGACUGGCCCCCCUCUACCACAGUUGAUAGCAUUCCCAUUAUUAAUCAAUCAAACAUUGCUAUCAGACUUUUCUUGAAAAAGAAUGUUCUGAGGUGAUCAAGGUGUGGCCAUGAGGUCUGGCAAGCUUCAGGGAAGAGUCAGCCUUGGGAAUCAGAAAAUCCAGCUUGAGCAAGGGGGAGUUACAGGCCAGGACUCUGGGCAAGUCCCCCAGGCUUUUAAACUUCAGUUUUCUCAUCUGUAAACUCAGAUACACGACCACCUUCCUUUCAGGACUGUGAACAUUAAAUGCAGUAUUAGGUAAGCAGGUGUCCAAAUAAACCUUAAUGCCUUUCCUUUCUGCUCUUGUUUAGUCACUUCAACAUAUGGGUCCUAAGCCAGCACACAGGAUUUCCUUUUCAUUAGGCUACUUCCCUAGGUUACUGUCAAAGUGAAGGGAAGCAUAUGCCCGAAUCCGCUAUGCCCACUGACCCCCUACCCCAGCUUCACUCAUCAGGUUAGUUACAGGGACCAGAUUUCCUAAGGAAGUAGAACAGAAAACUAGCUAGUUGUUACUGUACUGAGGACUGUUGGGCUAGAAGUUGGGUCAGGUUAGGCUGGCGUGUUAUCCAGGGAGGGAAGCUCAGACGAGGUACCACAGAUGGUGUGAGGACACCAGAGGAAGGAAGGGGGUGGGAAGUAGGAGAUAGGUUUUGUCAGCAUUUCAUUUUUGCCUAGGGAUAAUGGCUCUCUCCUCGUACUUUACAGUGUCACCUCAGUGAGACUGUAGUUUCCCAAAGAAGAAGUUACAUUUUAAUUAGCCAUAAGGAACUGGUUUCUUAUGUAGCAGUCCUUUCUCCAGGCCUCAUCAUUUCAGAUUGCUUUUGCCCAGGUCUGCCGCUUGCCUGCUUCUUUUCAUGCGUAUCAGAAGGGAACCACCAAACAGCCUAGAAAUCCUCUCACCAGACCUCAGGAUAUUAAUUGUCGAGUUCUCCCCCAUGGUUACACAAGUGCUGAAAAAGUGGUUCUCUUUCAACAGUGUCCUGUCAAAAUGCCAGGCACAGUUUGUUUUUGACAUUUGCUGCUGCUGUUAAAUAAUAGUCUUGCUUCUGUCAUACCUAAUGUUGACUUGAAGGCAUUUGGAGGGCAUUUCUCAACUCCAGCCUUAACUGUGAGACCUAUGUCUUGACAUAUUUUUCUUACUUGCCCAGGGCAACUGGAUAUAAGGGUUCCGACCUUUGCUUUUCUAAGCUCAAGAAAAUUUCAAAUGGGCAGGCACCACUUAAAACUUUAGGUCUAAUUGUACUCAGUUAUGCAUUCACAGACAUAAAUGCAGACACACAAACAAGCUGGAGUCUGACACUUUGCCAUUCUAAGAAUACCAUUUGAACCAAUUAAAUAGUAUCCCUUUUUAGGACCCCUUAAAUCCUGGCUGUUCUGCCUUGGUAAAUCUUUAUCUGUUAGAAUGUCUUACUUAAUUACAGAUCUCUUUAAAAUCAACAAGCAGUUUUACUGUUGCUGUAUUUGCAGUGCAGAAAGUCCCCCGUCACCGCCCAGCUAACAGUGUGCACUGUGUGUGCCAUCUGUCCAAGAGAAUCUGGGCUCUUCACAUGUAGCACUUUCUUCUCUUGCUAUGUCCAUAAGAAUUUAAUUUAUGAUCAUUUUUCCCACUUCUUCUGAAUUUUUCCUCCAGUUUUUUAUAGAUAAACAUGUAGAGACCUUCUAAUAGGAUCGUAAUUUCUGAAAUGUUCACUGUUUAUGAGGUAAUAGAGGGGAGAGUAAGAAAAAAAUUGGGCAGAGCAAGAAUUCUAUGGAAUGGUGUAGGAGUUGGCAUCAAUUGUACAUGAAGAGGCCAAGAAAUGUGCAGUUGGUUUCAAAAUCAGUACCAAAGGGAUAGUUAAUUAGACAAUUUUGUGUUGUGCUUUCAGAAAAAUAGAAGUUUACCAGUCAUUAGGAUUUCCAAUAAUUAAGACAACUUGGCUUUGGAGCACUGUACAUUGAGCAGUAGACUGUAAACCUAACAUCUGUUCUAUCAGACCCUGCAACAUCCUUUUCUUUGACUACCCUUCUGUCUCAAAAUUCAUCCUCAAAUUUUGAGAAAUAAUUAUUAGAGGUUUCUAAAAUUACAAAAUCUUAGCAUGCAAAUUAUUGUACUGUCACCUCUCACUCUCUCCUUCACUUUGAGGCUAAUUUUUGUUUGAGAGACUAGUUUUAGAUGGCAGCAGUUUUUCUUCUAUGAAGAAUUUGGAUUUAUUUAAAAUCAACAUGUAAUUAUCCCAUGAUGAUUCAUAUAUAUCACAUAGCCACUUAAGUGAGUUAUAAGAUUCACAGAGGAGAGUGAAGGGACCCUAAAAUUCAUGUAGGACAGUUCAAUCUUCUCAUUUCACAAAUACAAAGCAAAACUCAUUGAAUCAGGGCUUGUUCCAGGUCAUACAGCCAAUUAGUGGCAGCAUGAAACAUUCUAGUAGCUUUAAGAGGGCGUAACAUUUUAAUUCAUGAAAAAUGUAGAUUUAAUUUUGUAACCAUAGUAGAUUUAUAGCAAUGUUGACAACUGGUAGGAAAUGGGCAUUCAUGAAUUAUGAAUGUUUUUAUUAUGCAGGGCAAUUAUGUACCUUAAGUAAUAGCUGGUAAAUAACACUAUCAAUUAUAUGCUUUACAUAUACCACCUCAAUUACCCCAUUAAUGUAGUGAGUUAAAGAUUAUUAUCUAUGAAGAAACAAGGUUAGUCCUUUAUAUGUGUAGAAAUAGUGGCUUACAGAGGCCAUACAUACCCUGCCAACAUGGCACAAGUGGACUCUGCAGCUGGGGAUGGAGCCCAAGUCCUCAUUCUUCCCAGGAUGCAUCUCUCUGUGAUGUCAACACAGGAGUAGGUUUGGUGGGAUUUGGUUUACUCCUAUGAAAUGUUAAAUGUAGAACUUAAGCAUAUGUGUAAAAAUCAUGCAUGCCCUUGCCCUUUCCUAAACAAAUUUAAUUUUUAAUUGGAACAAUAAACAACUUCACUGGACAAUUCUUGGCUAAGAAAUGAGUUCUGAGCCUGAGAUUUAUCAUUUUGUGAUGAAGUUGUAUGUCUUGAAAGAAGAGUUGUGGGGAAAGAUUAUUUGCAUCAUAACUUAUAAAGUGGAGACAUUUUUAAAUCAAAGAAUUGUGUUAAAUAUUUUCAUAUAAAGAAAUAGGAUGUAAAACACUUCUUAGCAGGUAUGUUUUUCAUUUAUGACUUAAAUAUGAAUCUCCAAGCCACUCGGUUUGCAAUUUUAAAAUUAAAGUUGGCACACCAAAAAAGACAAGUGUUAAAUAUUGUUGGUCUGUCCACAAAAGAAUAAUAACAAAAUGGACCCAUCAUUUUCUAAGUUUCCACUGGACUUGUAUAGGAAAAAACAUCACAAGCAUUAUGAAGUUCAAAGUGAUUUCUGCAUAAGCCCUUAUAUUUUGACUUUCAUGACCUUAAUGAAGACAGGACAGAAAAAAUACAAUUAGGCUAAUUGUCAGAUCAGGACUCUAAUUAAUGCAUAUAAAUGCAAGAGGUUCAUAUUUUCUCUCCCUUUGCCCCACCUUUAGCUCUGAAAAGGCUAGUCCUACGUGCCACAUGAGAUACCACUCCUUCCUGAACACUCCCUCCUAACCAGACCAGUCAGGAAACUAGAGCUGCAAGGUCAUGGAAGGAGUGGGGUUGGCUCAGUGGGAUUCCAUGGCUGAUCCCUAAAUCAUCUGGGACUUUGGGGUUAUGCAUGAAAGAACACCUGAUUCAAAAUGACUUCAAUAGGAAAGAAAGUUAUUGGUUCAUGAAACGGAAAAGCAGGAUUGGUUUCACAUAUGCUGGGAUUCAGCUUUCAAAAAGUGUCAUCCGUACUUAGCUUCUUUCCAUCCCUCGACCCUUUCUGCUGUGUUGCCAUUAGUCCUGGGCUUCACAGAGGCAACUGGCAGUCCCAGCCUCCUUUCCUCUCCCAUUCACAUCCUGCUUCUCAGGAACCUAGGAGGACUCAUCACACUGGCUCAGGUCAGGCCAGGUGGCUGUUGCCAAACCAGUCCCAUGGCUGGCUUCCACAGAGAAAAUGGGAUCUGAUGACAAAAUAAGGGGAAAUGUAAAAAACAGCUGUCCUAUAUCAAAGCCGUAAAGUCAUAAUGUGGAAGCUGCAAAAUCAAGAGAAAUGGACAAUUGACAAUGAGGAAAGGGAAAUGAAAACCAUCCGGUCUUCCUACUUCCCAUGAAACAUUCCCUUCCAAGAAACUCUUUAAAAAGGAUUUAAAUUAAAUGGUUUUCUGUUCUGUGUAACUAAAUGACCAUGACUAUGACAGUUUGCUAGUGUUCCCUUUACCCAUUAAGAUGAUUCUAGGUAAUAUGUAAGGUACAGUAUAGACAACCUACAAAUAACUCAUGUCCCUCAAUGGGAAGAGAAGACUGGCCACCAAACAGAUCAUCCAAAGAUUAUUUGGAGCAAUUAGAUUUAUGGUUUGAACUAAAUGAUCUUGGAGGCCUCCAUGAACCCUGAAGGUCUAAGGUUGUCUGCUUCUCAAAAACCACUCUACGCAGUUUCAUGCAAAACUCACCUUUUCUCAACCCUUUCCCUACUUUUAUCUGGUAUGUGUUAAUUUAUAACUUAAACUUGAAACAAGUAAAGUUCCCUGUUGAACCUUCUCCCUUGGUGUAACAGAGGAGGCUCCUGAUAACCUAUGUGGUAAAGCAUGAAUUGGUCACACUCACCUUUAAACAGGGUGAUCUUUUGCAAAUAAGAGCAUUCAGGUCAAUGACUGGCAACACCAUUGAAGCAGUUCUCUAGAAUCUGAACUAAACCAUUUCACUCUCUUAUUUGAAAAGAAAACUGGGAAAGGAGAGCCUAGAACCUGUCUGAGAAACCCAUCCUAGAGUUUUAGGUGUUCUCAUCUUCAUUUGGCAUUUACCAGAUACUAGAUUAGAAGGGUUAUGAGAUCAAUGUGC